AUGUCCGUAUACACGCCUCAAUCCGAGUCACCAGCAGAAUACUCGAAGAUGAGGGUUUUAUACUUCAGCAACGAGUUCCCCAAGGACGAUCUUCAAGUGUUGUUCCGCCGCCUCCACAAUCAUAGCAAACACAGACGGCAUCCCAUCCUUGCUCGCUUUAUCGAUGAGGCGACACUUGCUGUUCGAGAUGAGGUUCGCCACUUGCCAGCAGCCUUGAAAGCCCUUGUGCCGCCGUUUGAGACGGUCUUGAGUCUUGUGGACCACCCAGACCUUCGCAAAGGGCCCUUUUCUGGAUCUAUGGAAGGCGUCCUUCUCUGCGUCCUUGAGAUAUCGGCUCUGAUAGGUCACUACGAGAUUGCUCCUGAAGGCUUUGACCUGCACGCACUAUCUACAUACGUAGCCGGACUAGGGAUAGGGCUAUUGGCCAGCGCCGCUGUCGCCUUGGCCGCUACAUUGGCGGACGUUCCCGCAACCGGCGCUGAGGUCGUUCGUAUAGCCUUCCGUCUUGGAACUCUCGUCGAUGAAGUCUCCCAGAACCUGGAACCACGAGAUACAUCAGGUUCUCCCGAUACUUGGGCUUCAGUCGUCCCAGGUGCCAAACUUGAAGAAGUUCAAGCAGAACUCGACGCAAUCCACGCAAGAGAGAGAACUCCUGAGCCUAGCAAGAUCUUCAUCAGCUCAUGGAGCGAGUCAGCCGUCACCAUAAGCGGCCCUCCAUCGCGUCUCAAGAGAGUCCUACGGCUGUCCGAGUUCUUCCGUCGCCACAAGGUUGUGGGUUUGCCCGUGUAUGGUGGUCUCUGUCAUGCCAAGCAUUUGUACACCGAACAAGAUGCCCGUGAUAUCACCGCAACUUCGUCUAUCGGCUUCGUUGAUCGGAAAUAUAAGCCGGAGAUUCCCAUCUUUCAAACUUCUACAGGUCAUCAAUUCGCCGCUUCAACAGCACGAGACCUUUUGGAGCAGAUAACCCUGGAACUGCUCACUCGCCCUAUAGUGUGGGAGAGAGUUGUCCAGAGCCUCGUUGAUCAAGCCUACACAAUCUCAGCUAUCGACUGUGAGAUCUUGGUAUUCCAUAACUCUCUUCCAGUAAAUGAUUUACGGGCUGCUUUCAAAUCCAAGUUGCAAGAAUUUGAGGCGUCAACGAAGGAGCUGGUCCCAUGGAUACACGAAACGCCCGAAGGGACCGAUCCCAGAGGAACCAGGCAAUCAAAGAUCGCAAUCAUUGGCAUGUCCUGUCGUAUGCCUGGUGGAGCCACUGACACUGAGAAGUUCUGGGAUCUGCUCGAGCAAGGGCUUGAUGUGGCCCGGAAAAUUCCCACUGACAGGUUUGAUGUCGACUCGCACUUUGACCCCACAGGGAAGAGGACGAACACGAGUCACACGCCAUAUGGGUGUUUUAUUGACGAGCCUGGCUUAUUCGAUGCCCCGUUCUUCAACAUGUCGCCUCGUGAGGCCCAGCAGACUGAUCCGAUGCAGCGCUUAGCUAUCGUCACUGCGUAUGAGGCACUGGAGCGAGCUGGAUAUGUGGCUAAUCGCACACCGGCCUCUAAUCUUCAUCGUAUCGGGACAUUUUACGGGCAAGCAAGCGAUGACUACCGCGAGGUGAAUACAGCUCAGGAAAUCAGCACGUACUUUAUCCCAGGGGGAUGUCGUGCCUUUGGGCCUGGGAGGAUCAACUACUUCUUCAAAUUCUCCGGGCCGAGCUUCAGCUGCGAUACAGCUUGCUCAUCUAGCUUGGCUACCAUUCAGGCUGCCUGUACCUCUCUUUGGAAUGGGGAUACCGAUAUGGUUGUGGCCGGCGGCAUGAACGUGCUUACUAACUCGGACGCUUUUGCAGGGCUCAGCCAUGGACACUUCCUUUCCAAAACGCCUGGUGCCUGUAAAACAUGGGACGUCAAUGCAGACGGAUAUUGUCGUGCGGAUGGUAUGGGCUCAAUUGUCAUGAAACGUCUCGAGGACGCUGAAGCGGAUAACGACAAUAUACUCGGCAUCAUUUGUGCAGCCGCGACCAACCACUCGGCUGAAGCCAUAUCAAUCACUCAUCCGCAUGCUGGUGCUCAGGCUUAUCUCUCUCGCCAAGUUCUAAGCUCGGCUGGUAUUGACCCUCUGGAUGUUAGUUUCGUCGAGAUGCAUGGAACUGGCACACAGGCUGGAGACUCCGUUGAGAUCACAUCCAUCACGGAUGUGUUCGCCCCAAUCACCAAACGACGCAACGCGCAGCAGCCACUUCACAUUGGUGCUGUCAAGGCCAAUGUUGGACACGGAGAGGCGGUUGCUGGCGUGACUGCUCUUCUCAAGGUGCUUCUGAUGUACCAAAAGAAUGCAAUCCCGCCUCACGUCGGUAUCAAAAACAGCCUCAACCCCAUGUUUCCCAAGGAUCUCGACAAACGUAAUCUACAUAUUCCAUACCAGAAGGUUCCAUGGCCGCGUGUGGAAGGAAAGAAACGCUAUGCAGUGGUGAAUAACUUCAGCGCAGCUGGCGGAAACACGACUGUUGCUUUGGAGGAACCACCCCUCAGAGAGGCUGACUUUGCUGACCCCCGCGUCUCUCAUGUGGUCAAUGUGUCUGCGAAGAGCAAGGUAUCUUUCAAGAAGAACCUCGAGCGCCUGAUCGCUUAUUUAGAAGCGAACCCAGACACUUCGCUUCCCAACCUCUCAUACACAACCACCGCUCGACGCUAUCAUCACAACCAUCGCGCAUCGGUUGCUGCUACAGAUAUUGCGCAGGUGAGGAAAAAGCUUGGAUCCUAUCUGCAGAACGUCGACUCUCACAAGCCCAUCCCUGCAACUGGCCCACCCCAGCUUGCCUUUGCCUUUACAGGCCAGGGAUCAUCCCACAAGUCAAUGAACCUGGAGUUGUUCCACAACUCCCCAUACUUCAGAUCUCAGAUCUUUCACCUAGACGCACUCGCACGAGGACAGGGCUUCCCAUCCUUUAUUUCCGCACUAGAUGGCACCUACCCGCAGGAUCACGCUCACUCUCCAGUGGUGACACAGCUUGCCCUCGUUUCGGUUGAGAUUGCGCUUGCGAAAUAUUGGAUCUCACUGGGAGUAAAGCCCAAUGCCGUUGUGGGCCACAGUCUUGGAGAGUAUGCGGCUUUUCAUGUGGCAGGUGUUCUCUCCGCGAGUGAUGCACUCUUCCUUGUGGGCCGCAGAGCGCAGCUUCUAGAAGAGAAGUGCCAGGUUGGCAGCCAUAAAAUGCUGGCUGUGCGUGCUCCUUUCGCGGAUAUUGAAGAAUCCCUACAAGGGAAGCGCUAUGAAAUCGCGUGCAUCAACGGGCCGAAGGAGACUGUGCUAAGCGGGUCUCGGGCGGAGAUUGAGGUUGUCUCCGAGACUCUUCAGUCAUCUGGAUUUAGGUGCUACAGCCUUGACGUGGCGUUUGCAUUUCAUUCAGCUCAAACCGACGCGAUUCUUGACGAUUUCGAGGAGGCCGCUAAGAAUGGAGUACUGUUCCGUCCACCAAACAUGCCCGUGAUAUCUCCAUUACUCGGGAAGGUCAUAUUUGAUGACAAGACCAUUAAUGCGAAAUAUAUGCGGCGAGCUACCCGCGAGACGGUCAACUUCCUGUCCGCAUUAGAGGCGGCGCAGAACCUCUCAACCGUGGACGAGGAAACUGCUUGGGUCGAGAUUGGACCUCAUCCCGUCUGCAUGGGCUUCGUCAACGCCACUCUCCCCACUGUCACCGUGGCAGUGCCUUCCUUGAAGAGAGGCGAAGACAACUAUGUGACGCUGACAACCAGUCUUUCCGCACUGCACUGCGCGGGUGUCCCAAUUGAAUGGAACGAGUAUCAGCGCCCAUUCGAGAAAGGUCUACGCCUCUUGGAUCUACCUACAUAUGCCUGGAAUGACAAGACGUACUGGAUUCAGUACAACGGGGACUGGGCACUCACCAAGGGCAACACUUUCUAUGACGCUGAGAAACUGCUCAAGGCCCAGCAGUCCCAGGCAAUAGUUCCCUCGGUUCCUUCUGGCUUGAGGACAUCGACAGUUCAGCAAAUUAUUAAUGAAAGCUUCGACGGCUCAAGCGGCAAGGUGGUAAUGCAGUCGGACAUGAUGCAGCCCGACUUUCUGGCUGCUGCGCAUGGACACAAAAUGAACGGGUGUGGUGUUGUUACUUCGGUAAGUAAUGUAAGACCUGCUAUAGAAAUUUACGGCUGA